UUCACUCGAUGCUAACACUGACGGUAUUAACUCAAACCAGCAUCCUAACGUUUUAAUCUAUCUGAACUUGUGUUUGUGUCUCCGGUAGUCGCCUUUUAGCCUCUUUCCCCUCUCGGACUGGCUGGAUAAAAUAGACCGAAGCGAGGCGCGAUGGAGGCGCGGGGUGGAAAGCAGGACAUGGAGCAGCAGAAGCUGCACACAGCGGCCUGCCUUAAAGCUUUCAUGCUGACAAACAGCACAAAAACCAACCUGAACCUCUAUGACCAUCUGACACGAUUACUGAUGCGGCUGAUGGAUGAGCGCCCACCGGAUGCGGUGGAUGUGAUCGAGGACAUGAGUCGGGAUGUGAAGCGGGCUCUGUUUGUGGAGCGGCAGAGCACCCUGCGAGCCGCGCCGCACACCGCCGCCACCCAGCGCCUGGCGGAGCGGCAGCGGCUGCUCUUCACCCGGGGAGAGGAGGGCGACCAAGAGGACGAGCUGAUUGAAACAGCUCUGCCUAAUGUAAGUGAGGUAGGCUUCUACCUGGAGCAGGCCGGGGUGGGCUUGGGCAGAGAGGAGAUGCAGAGGAUCUUCCUUGCACUGAAGCAGCUCGUUGAGUCUCAGCCACUGCAGCAUUGCCGACUAUGGGGCAAGAUUCUAGGAAUAGAAAGCAAUUAUGUUAUUGCUGAGGCCGAGUACAGGGAAGGGGAAGAGGAGGAAGAACAGAGUACAGAAGAAACAGCUGAGGAGGAGAGAGAGGCAGAGACCCGGGAUGACGAGGAGGAGAGUGAAGCAAAGGAAGUGAGCAAUCCACUUCCACAGUCAACCUAUAAACCCCCACCUGUGGUGCCAAAGGAGGCCAACCGAACCGGCGUCAAUAAGUUUGUUUACUAUGUCUGCAAAGAGCCUGGUCUUCCCUGGGUCAAACUUCCUUCAGUCACUCCUGCGCAGAUCACCGCCGCUCGCCAGAUCCGCAAAUUCUUCACAGGACGACUGGAUGCCCCAAUCGCCAGCUAUCCUCCUUUCCCCGGCAAUGAAGCCAACUAUCUCAGAGCGCAGAUUGCCCGUAUUUCUGCUGGCACGCAUGUCAGCCCCCAGGGGUUCUACCAAUUUGGAGAGGAGGAAGGCGAUGAAGAGGAGGCGAUACCCCGUGACAGCUAUGAAGUGAAUCCUGACUUUGAGGGCAUUCCGGUCCCCGAAAUGGUGGAGUCUUUGUCCACCUGGGUGCAUCAUGUUCAGCACAUCCUGCAGCAGGGCCGCUGUACUUGGGUUAACCUAGCUGCCAAACCAGAAGAGGAGUCUUAUGAGGAAGGAGAUGCAGAGGAAAAGGAGGAGGAGCCCGAUGAGCCCGAGCCAGAAGUGGGACCCUCACUCCUCACUCCCCUCUCUGAAGAUGCAGAACUGUUCCAUACCCCUCCCUGGAGCACCAGGAUAUCCUCCACGCUCACCUCUCAGUAUGCUGUUGCUGUUCUCCGCUCAAACCUCUGGCCCGGGGCACAUGCAUACGUUUGCGGAAAGAAGUUCGAGAACAUAUACAUCGGGUGGGGGCUGAAGUUUGCAGGGGACAGUUACAACCCGUCUGUCCCACCAGUGCCCCAGAAAGAAUACCCUAGUGGUCCAGAGAUAACGGAGGCCCUGGACCCGACGCUGGAGGAGGAGGAGAUGCUGAAUGCAGCCUUAGAGGAGCAGCAAGCUGCCCAAGAGGAGUUGGAUGACAUGGAUGAGGAAGAGGAGGAGGGGGAUGAUGAUUGAGUUAAAAAAAAAUCCAUACAAGAGAAUUUAAAUAUUUGCAAGUAUCUUCUUUGUUCACUGAAGUAUUUAUUUGUAAGAGAAGACCAAAUAAACCCAUUUACUCAGCAAUGCGAUCUGUCAUUAUGAGAUUAAGUAAUGUUGCUAAAUAUUUGCAGAGGGCAGGUGUUGUAAACAUGGGGGAAGGCAUUUUGGUUGCAGUGAUGAAGGGCUUGCAUUCUUUAAAUAUUUAAGACUUACUGUAUAUGCAUGUGAAAUAAAAGCCAAGAGGGACAAGUAGUAAUCAAAGGAUCAGUCUGAAAGUCACUUUUAUCCUGUCAGUUGCCUCAAAUAAAGUAGAGCUAUAGCUUGUAUGCAUUCAUACUAGAUCCUUGAAAUACAACACUUCUUUUGUUAUGAAGUGAUUGGAAAGUCUUUGAGACUCCAGCCGGGAACCACAAAUUAGGCCAACUGGUCUUUAUUUGGAAGCCUUUAUGAGCAAACUUAGUAACAUUAAGCAAAUCACUGA